AUGGACAAGCCGCCGGUGGAGAUAGCAGCAUCCCGUCUGCCCGCUGGGUUGGUAGCUCUGCAAAGCCAAAGCAGCAGCAUCAAAGGCCGCCCGGCGCCAGCGAGCGAGACAGAGGUUGGGGGAUUUGCGGCGGAAGGUAUAAAAGUGCUACUUUAUGCAAGCUGCUACAAGGAUCGGGCACAUCACCGACUGCCAACUGGCUGCUUGACUGCGUCCCCAGGGAAUCAUGCAAACAGCUCAUCCACCCCACCAGCAGGAGACCCCUGUCUUGAUAUAUCUACACGACCAUACUCCUUAACCGGUUUCUGUUACAUCUAA